UUUCAGACCGGAAGUGCCAAUACGAACGGCUAUGGGAUGGCCUGGUGUGAAUGCACUCCUUCUUCUCUACCUCGGUUCUAACGGAAGUCCACGCCAUGUGUCACUCUACUUCUUUUCUAUUUCUGUGGCCAACUGAGCCAGGGAUCGUCUCUUAGCAACGGAGCGGACGCGGAUGCUGCCGCCUGAGAGAUAAAGACGCCUGCGAGGUUAAAGAUUCGAACAUGUCGAAAUUUCCCAAAAAGAAGGAGUUGGUGAAAAGCAACAACGUACUUCAGACAGGCCCUCCCUCUAAAGACCUUUGGUACCUUUCUGGAUCAACCUCUGUUGUAAACCCUCAGGGUGCUUUUGCUGAAGCAAGAAGAGGAAGAUUUCCCAUCUGGCCCGAAUGGAAUGAAGCCGACAUCAAUGCUGAAAAGUGGGAUGCAGGAAAAGGUGGGAAGGAAAAAGAUAAAUCUGGAAGAAGUCCUAUUUUGCAUGUCUUUGAAGAUCCAGAAGGAAAAAUUGAACUUCCACCUUCUUUAAAAGUGAGUUUCUGGAAAAGGCCUCAAGAAAUUUUAAUCAAUAGGGUGCCCGUCAUAGUAAAGAAUGAAACUUGGUUUGACCUCUUUUCAGCCAAUGAACAUUUAAUGAGCAGUGAGCUGAUGAGAUGGAUAAUAAGUGAAAUCUAUGCUGUUUGGAGACUGUAUAAUGCAAGCGGUCAAAGUGCUGAUGCUAAAGCAGCCAAUGAAGUACCUCCACUUUUGUGGAAACCAUGGGAACAUAUAUAUUCAUUAUGCAAAGCUGUCAAGGGACAUAUGCCAUUGUAUAACAGCUAUGGAAAAUAUGUGGUAAAAUUGUACUGGAUGGGUUGCUGGCGAAAGAUCAUUGUAGAUGAUAGUAUACCUUUCAAUGAAGACAAUUACAUGCUGCUUCCAGUUACAACAUGUGAAAUUGAACUUUGGCCGCUGAUAUUAUCUAAAGCCAUAAUUAAACUAGCAAAUAAUGAUAUAAAUGAAAUAGGAAAAAGAGAAAUGGGGGAAUUCACAGUUUUACAUGCCCUUACUGGAUGGAUACCAGAAAUUAUUCCUCUCCAAUCUGGAUAUUUAGAUAAAGUUUGGGAAUUCUUAAAAGAUGUAGUGCCAGAGUUUAAGUUACCAGAAGAAGUACCACCUGAAGCUGAAGCAUCACUCCAAGAUACAAAAAAAGAUCUAAAAAGCUCUGAGAUCAAAAAUGAUACUAUUCCUAUAAUUAAACAGCCAGAGAAGCCAGAAAAGGCUGAGAAAACAAGCAAAGAAAAGUCAGAUAUUCUUGGAAAGAAGAGAAGUAAAAAUGGUGAAAAGGAUAAAAUGAAGUCAGGACGAUUGUCUUCUGAAUAUCAAAGUUCUAUUCAGAUGUUUAUUGAUGGUUCUGCAGUACCACUGCAGCCACAGAUGGUAGCAUACGCUUGCUAUAUGCCUCUGUAUGUGUCUGAAAAAAAAAUAUUUGUAUUAGAGAAAAUGGCUGAUUCUUCUGAAAGGCUACGGGAAUAUGGUCUUUCCCACAUAUAUAGCCAUCCUGCACUGCUAACCAGAAUAAGGUCAGGUCCCCUUGUAGCCCCUCCAAAACCACCACCAGUACCUCGCUGGAAACUUAUCCGCCAGAAAAAGGAAACUAUUGUGACAGAUGAACCCCAAGAGCCUGUGAUUAAGAAGCCUGAGCAGUUUAUUGAGCUUGCUAGUCCUUUUUUGAGCUUCAGACUUUCUCCAGUACCUAUUCCAAGGGAUACCCAUUUUCCACCAUCUACCUUCAAAAAGGGAUCUCUUCCAGCCUCCACCCUUUCUUCAGUGACUGAAAGUGAUGAAAGCAUAAUUGACAUUUAUGGAGAUACAAAUCCCAUGAGCACAGAGGAGAAUUCUCAGGAAUCAACUUUAGUUCCACAACAUACUGUAGAAGGUGAAUCAACUGAAAAAAUAAGUAGUGAAGCAGCUCAGAUGCCAGAAUCUACAGAACCUGCUUACAGCAGUCAUAUAGUAAAUAAAUCACAGGAAGAAAUUGAGUCUGAGAAGAACCCAAUUUCCAAGGAAAUUUGGAUGGACUAUGAAGAUUUCUGUAUUUGUUUUCAGAACCUGUAUGUUUUCCACAAAACAAAUACCUAUAUCUACACUUACCAGAAGUCAGAUUUUAGGAUGCUAGAUGAUCGUGUCUCAUAUUAUUUAUGUGUGGACAGUUUGAAGCCUACUGAUAUCCUGGUUAGCUUUUCUGCAUUAGUACACUGGGGAGAUUCAGGAGUUGUUGCACAAAAAGAUGGCCAUGUACCACCAAAGGGUUUACUCAUUGUUGAAAGUUUCUCAUGGAAGAAUCUAGCUCCAGGACAAAUAAUCCUAAAGAUCCAUACAUAUGCCACUAAAGCAGCUGUGAUAAGUCUUCCUGCUGGGCGCCAUGUGUUACUCUUCACUGCAAGUUCUCCUAUAGGGCACCAUAUCCAUCUGUGUAGUAUGGUGCCAUGUGUGUUUGGUGAAGAGGAUAUUGUUCUGCCAAAUCUUGAGAAGGAGAGUUACCGGUUUAUGGAGCAAGCUGCUGCUAUCAUGAAAGCUAUUGGAACUGUGCUAAUUAAUUUCGGGCAGGCAGAAAACCUUCCUAAAGCCAUGAGGGCUCUGGAAUUAACACACUGCCCUCCCAGCCUCUGUGGCACAGGAAUAGCUAGAGAACACUUCAAGGCUUUUAAUAAUGCUUUUUGGCAUUUGAUGAAACAAAUAUUAGGGAAUAUUCCUCCCCACUAUGAAUUUGCUUACCGAAGUUUCACUCUGGAUUUUAAGCAUAGUGAUGUGUCAGCUGAAGAUACAGAAUCUUCAGAGCUGGCAGAUAUGAAUGCUGUUCUUUGGCAGAACAAAGACCCCACACCUGAGGAAGAAGCAGCUGCUGUUAAACUUCAGGCUGCCUGGAGGGGGACUUAUGUCAGGCUAUUAAUGAAUGGCAGAAAACCAGGUACCAAGGAGAAUGCCAAAGUCAAAGAUACACUCCAGAAGUUAUGGGCUCUAAUUGAACCAAAUUUUGAACAGUGUUCCUUAAUGUUAUUAAGAGAUAUAUUUAAAAGCAACUGUAAGUCAGUUGAAAAAUAUCAUUGUUAUGAAGAUGAAUGGACUAAGACAUCUUUUGCUGAUUAUACAGUAACAUAUGGGGAACAGCCAUCAAAUUUUUGGUUUGUGGUCUUCAGGGAAGUAUUUUAUGUCCCAGAAGACAUGUUCAUAGUUCCAAAAGUUUAUUCAGCAAUACCUACCUGUGUACUUCAUGUUGUAGACAAUGACACUUUGGAAGAAAUGCCUCGAGUCUUUCUUAGGGUUGCACCACAUCUUUAUACAAAAAAUAAGAAAGGAUAUACUUUUAUGGCUGAAGUUCAAACUGGUGAAUCACCUAUGAUGGCUGGGAAGUGGAGGCUUCGGCUCAUAGGUUCCUAUAAUCCACUUCCAGUUCUUUCUCGUGAGAAUGUAAACAAUUUAUAUUCCAUUAAAGAAGUUAAAGACUAUUAUGUGCCAAAUGAUAAGCAUAUUAUAUUCAGAUAUGCAGUGAAAGUCACAGUGCCACUGAUUGCUACUGUACAAGUACAGACCUCCAAAUCAGAUGUAAUAAUUAAACUGCAAGUUCUGGAUUCUGAGGAAGAAAUGGUGCAUUCCAUUGGGAAGGGCCACGCUGUUAUUCCUGCAUUUCAUUUCAUAUCUGCUGAGAGGCCUUUAAGUAGUCAAUCAAGUAAAGGUGGGGUUGUCCAGAAUGUUCCCAAAAAGGAACCUGAAGUUGUCCCUAAGAAAAAAGGUGCUAUAACAGCUCAGAAAAAUGUCAAGUCUUCAGUCAAGGCUACACAGGAAGGUCCAGUUUCUUCUGAAGAAGAACCUAUUACUCUGUCUGUCAUAGAUGAAAAUUUAGUUCAGCAGCCUCACAAGUAUAUUAUACAAGCCUCAGUGUUAUAUAAUAGCUGGCCACUUAAUGAAAGCCAAUUGAUCUUUGUUCAAGCACUGAAAGAAUUAGAAAAAAAUGAAAUUAAAGCACAUCCUGUUGAGAGACAUGAAGAAAGCAUAUCCAUUCUCAGUCCAGAUAUUCACAGCAACUUAGAUGGACAAAAAUCUGCAGGCUCUUCCAAAACAACUCGCAAAACAAAGGAAAAAACAACUGACAAGGCAGAAAAGAUUGCAAAAGAAAAACCUACAUCUGUUGCAAGACCAGAAUCACAGCAGUCGGAUCCAAACAAGCCCUCCUGGAUCUUACGUCUAGUCACUGAACAAAAUGAUAUGGAAGCCUUGGAUUUCAGGAAAGACACUGAGAGAGCAGAUGAGAUCAAAGCUAUGAAGCAAGCAUGGGAGGGUGCUGAGCCAGGGCGAGCUGUCAAGGCUGCUCAGGAGCGCAUGCAGUUUAUUCACAAAUGUAUGCGGAAAGGUUUGAUGGAGUCUGAGGCAGAAAGUGUCAGCGCUGCAGUGGGCUCAGGAGAAGCAGGCACUGUCUCUCCUGCUUCUGAACUAAUUGCAUCACCUGCAGUAGCUGCUGAAACCGGCUCAGCAACUCAGAGAAAGGAAUGGGAGCAUCUAGACCUCACCCCCUACAUUAGAAAAACACUGCCUGAGCCUGUGCUGAAGAAUGAGUCUAUUAUUCAGGAGCAAGAGAUGCAUAAAGCAGAAGAAAUCAAUAACUUUAGACAGUUUCGAGAGCUGGUUCUGGAACACAGACAACAAGAACACAUGGCUAGGAAUCAGUUGAAGCAAAAUGUACUUGAAAUGUAUGAAAAUCUACAAGCAUCCUUAGAUGAAGCACGAGGCAGGGUUCUCAGUGUCCGGGAGGCAUACAGAGCUAAGCUACUAGAGGCUGAGCGAUUGAGACAAGAAGCACUAGCAGCUGAAGAAGCCGCCCUUCGAGCAGAGCAAGAGAAGAAAACCCCAGAUGUGCAGAAAAAAAAAGGAGGGAAAGGUGGAAAGAAGAAAAAAUAAGAUGAAAUAGCAACUGGAGAAAUGCAUUUACUGAUUAGAAAAGAAUACUUAUACAGUAUUCUUCAGAGUUCAUACCGGCAGCACAUGACAAUGCAAUUCAUUCUUUUUUCAAAGUGUUAGUUUGAAAUCCAUUUACUAUUUCAUCAUAAUAUUAUUCACGAUAUUUCAUCAUAUAAUAUUUAAUAUU